GCGCUGGCCCUCCGGGGCGUGCGCACCGCGGCCGUGGACCUGCGGGGCCACGGGCUCUCGCCGCUGGGCCGGCCCGAGGACUUCGGGCCCGCCCAGCUCGCGGCGGACGUGCGCGCCGCGCUGCGGAAGGCUGGCGUCACGUCGGGCACGUGUCCCCCCACAGGCGGCAAGCGCAUCGUCCUCGUCGGCCACAGCAUGGGCGGCAAGAUCGCCCUGAGGUACGCAGCUGACUACCCUGACGACGUCGGCGCUCUCGUGAUCGAGGACAUGGACUGCACGAGCAGGAGGUACCCAGCGGACUACUUACAGCCCAGCGCGGCGGAGAUGGAGCGCAAGCGAAGCUUCGACCGAGCCUUCGCCGAUUGGGAGGCUUGUCGCGCGUCCCUCGUCUCGUUCGGCUACGGCGAGGCGCGGGUGGACGGCUGGUUAAAAGAGACCCCGCCGCGGGUGCUCGCCCAGGCGGACGCAGGCCUCGGCCGCAGCGGCCUGUGGAGCGCCAUCAACCCCUACGCGCAGUGGCUCGCGCGCACGACGGUGUUGACGCAGGCCGAUGCCUACGAGGCCCUCCACCGCAUCGCCGCGGUGCGCGCCUGCGACCGGCCCGACCUGCAGGUGCACGUGCUCGUGGCCGGCGCGGCCGGCACGGUGUGCGACUGGCAGGACGAGCCCGGGAGCAUCCGAGACAUGGAGGGUGUGUUGCCCGGGCUGCGAGUGACGGAGUUCCCGUCGGCGGGGCACAGCAUACACAACUCGGACCAGGCUCCCGCGAUGGCGCGCUCCAGCUUCGGUGCCUUGCUGCUUGCUGCGGCGUCGGCAUGGCUGCUGGCCGCAACUCUCUCGCCAGCCUUCGCCGGCACGGGCGCCCUGCCGAGCCGAGCUGCCCGGGGUGAUCGCGUGGCCAGGCAGGCCGGGAGCGAGAUUAUGCUAACCGCCCCGUCGAUCGGCGGCCGCUACCGAGUGAUCAUCGACGAGAGCACCACGGUGGAGUCGUGCCUCGCCAAGGCCCGGAAGAUCUUCGAGAUCGACCAGGACUUCCUCCCCGACAGCGACUUCAACGUCUACCUGAAGGAGGACGAGAGCAAGCCGAUCUCCGGCAAGAUCGCGGACCAUACUGAGCUGCGCCCUUGGGGGCCCGACGGCAUCGAGCUCCACAUCUACUACGAGCCGAAAUGA